GAUCUCCCUCUCGUUCCCACUCUGCAAAAUUCCAUUUUCGCUGUCGCAUUUGAGUGUAUAUAUAAUAUACAUACGCUGCUUUACUCAGUUUCUGUCACCUCUCUCUCUCUAGAUCUCCUGUUUCUAUUCGGCUGCUCUCCAGAUCUCCAAGACUUGUGCUGAUACGCCGUCGAUCCUUAGCUUCGAUCUCGGAGCCUUGACACUCUCCAGCCAUGGCGGCUGCCAAUGCUCCGAUCACCAUGAAAGAAGCCCUCACGUUGACUAGCUUAGGGAUCAAUCCUCAGUUCAUUACUUUUACAAAUGUGACCAUGGAAUCGGAUAAGUACAUCUGUGUUCGUGAGACCGCUCCACAAAACAGUGUGGUGAUUAUCGAUAUGAGCAUGCCAUCACAACCGCUUCGCCGCCCCAUUACAGCUGAUUCAGCACUUAUGAAUCCAAAUUCUAGAAUUUUGGCAUUGAAAGCUCAACUUCCUGGAACCACUCAAGACCACCUGCAAAUAUUUAACAUUGAGGCAAAAGCAAAGUUGAAGUCGCAUCAGAUGCCUGAGCAGGUUGUAUUCUGGAAGUGGAUAACUCCUAAGAUGUUGGGUUUAGUCACACAGUCCUCAGUUUAUCACUGGUCAAUUGAAGGUGACUCGGAACCUGUAAAGAUGUUUGACAGAACUGCAAAUUUAGCAAACAACCAGAUAAUCAAUUAUAAAUGUGAUCCUUCUGAAAAGUGGCUGGUUUUAAUUGGGAUUGCUCCUGGUUCUCCUGAGCGGCCUCAAUUGGUCAAAGGAAAUAUGCAGCUGUUUUCCGUGGAUCAGCAAAGAAGCCAAGCCCUUGAAGCUCAUGCUGCAUCAUUUGCUUCUUUCAAAGUAGCUGGGAAUGAAAAGGACUCCAUCCUUAUUUCUUUUGCCUCAAAAAGCUCUAAUGCGGGUCAGGUGGCAUCAAAGUUGCAUGUUAUUGAGCUUGGUGCUCAGCCAGGAAAACCAUCUUUCACUAAAAAACAAGCAGAUCUGUUCUUCCCUCCAGACUUUGCUGAUGAUUUUCCAGUUGCCAUGCAGAUAUCACAUAAGUAUGGCCUUAUAUAUGUGAUUACGAAGCUUGGUUUACUCUUUGUAUAUGAUCUAGAAACUGCCACAGCAGUAUACAGAAAUAGAAUUAGUCCGGAUCCCAUUUUUCUGACAUCAGAAGCUUCAUCUAUCGGAGGUUUUUAUGCAAUUAAUAGGCGAGGGCAGGUGUUACUUGCUACUGUAAAUGAAGCAACUAUUGUGCCUUUUGUCAGUGGCCAAUUAAACAAUCUGGAGCUUGCUGUCAAUCUUGCUAAAAGAGGAAACCUCCCUGGUGCUGAGAAUUUGGUUGUCCAGCGUUUCCAAGAAUUAUUUGCUCAGACCAAGUAUAAGGAGGCUGCAGAGCUAGCUGCCGAAUCUCCCCAAGGCAUCCUCCGGACACCUGAAACUGUUUCCAAAUUUCAGAGUGUUCCCGUUCAAGCUGGGCAGACGCCAGCAUUGCUGCAGUACUUUGGAACUCUUUUGACUAAAGGAAAGCUUAAUGCAUUUGAGUCUCUCGAGUUAUCUCGUCUUGUUGUCAACCAAAACAAAAAGAAUCUGUUAGAGAACUGGUUGGCUGAAGAUAAACUGGAGUGUAGCGAGGAACUGGGAGACCUUGUAAAGACGGUUGACAAUGACCUUGCCCUGAAGAUAUUUAUCAAAGCUAGAGUUACACCAAAAGUUGUUGCUGCAUUUGCUGAGCGUCGGGAGUUUGACAAAAUCUUAAUAUACUCAAAGCAGGUUGGCUAUACUCCUGAUUACCUGUUCCUUCUGCAAACAAUUCUCCGGUCUGAUCCGCAGGGAGCUGUUAAUUUUGCUCUAAUGAUGUCUCAAAUGGAAGGAGGAUGCCCCGUUGAUUACAACACCAUUACUGAUUUAUUUCUUCAGAGGAAUAUGAUCCGUGAAGCAACUGCAUUUCUGUUGGAUGUCCUGAAACCUAAUCUACCAGAGCAUGCACACCUGCAAACUAAGGUCCUGGAAAUCAAUCUCGUGACUUUUCCAAAUGUUGCUGAUGCUAUUUUAGCAAAUGGGAUGUUUAGUCAUUAUGAUAGACCACGGGUUGCACAACUCUGUGAGAAAGCAGGUCUUUAUGUGCGCGCACUUCAGCAUUACUCGGAGCUGCCUGAUAUCAAGCGCGUCAUUGUUAAUACUCAUGCAAUUGAACCACAGGCACUUGUGGAAUUUUUCGGUACUCUUUCCAAAGAAUGGGCACUAGAGUGCAUGAAAGAUCUUCUACUGGUCAAUUUGAGAGGAAACCUUCAGAUUAUUGUCCAGACUGCUAAAGAGUACUGUGAACAAUUGGGUGUUGAAGCAUGCAUAAGGCUUUUUGAACAGUUCAAGUCCUAUGAAGGAUUAUACUUCUUUUUGGGGUCGUAUUUGAGCUCAAGUGAGGAUCCUGACAUUCAUUUCAAGUACAUUGAAGCAGCUGCUAAGACUGGACAGAUUAAAGAGGUCGAGCGUGUUACAAGAGAAUCAAAUUUCUAUGAUCCUGAAAAGACCAAGAACUUUUUAAUGGAAGCUAAACUCCCUGAUGCUCGGCCGCUGAUCAAUGUGUGUGACCGCUUUGGUUUUGUUCCUGACCUCACACAUUACUUGUACACCAAUAACAUGCUCCGUUACAUUGAAGGAUAUGUGCAGAAGGUUAAUCCGGGAAAUGCUCCAUUGGUUGUUGGGCAGCUCCUAGAUGAUGAGUGCCCGGAAGAUUUCAUUAAAGGACUGAUUUUGUCUAUCCGUUCGCUGCUUCCAGUUGAGCCUCUGGUGGAGGAGUGUGAAAAAAGGAACCGACUUCGUCUGCUUACUCAGUUUUUGGAGCAUCUUGUGAGUGAAGGAAGCCAAGAUGUGCAUGUCCACAAUGCUCUGGGUAAAAUUAUUAUUGAUAGCAACAACAAUCCAGAGCACUUUCUCACAACAAACCCGUACUAUGAUUCACGUGUUGUGGGUAAAUACUGUGAGAAGCGUGAUCCUACCCUUGCUGUUGUCGCAUACCGGAGAGGACAAUGUGAUGAUGAACUUAUUAAUGUGACCAAUAAGAAUUCAUUGUUCAAGCUGCAGGCCAGGUAUGUGGUUGAGAGAAUGGAUGGUGAUCUCUGGGCCAAAGUUCUUGAUCCUGAAAAUGAAUUCAGAAGGCUUCUCAUUGACCAAGUUGUAUCCACGGCUUUGCCAGAAAGCAAAAGCCCUGAACAAGUUUCUGCAGCUGUUAAAGCGUUUAUGACUGCUGAUCUUCCUCAUGAGCUAAUUGAAUUGCUUGAAAAGAUUGUGCUUCAAAACUCAGCUUUCAGUGGGAACUUCAACUUGCAAAACUUACUUAUCUUGACUGCCAUCAAGGCUGAUCCAUCUAGGGUUAUGGACUAUGUUAAUAGACUCGAUAACUUUGACGGCCCGUCUGUUGGAGAGGUCGCUGUGGAUGCUCAAUUGUAUGAAGAAGCUUAUGCUAUUUUUAAGAAGUUUAAUUUGAACGUCCAGGCUGUUAAUGUGUUGUUGGAUAAUAUUCGAGACAUCAACCGCGCUGUUGAAUUUGCUUACCGUGUUGAAGAAGAUGCUGUCUGGAGUCAAGUGGCCAAAGCUCAACUCAGGGAUGGGCUAGUGAGUGAUGCAAUUGAAUCAUUUAUUCGUGCUGAUGAUGCAACUCAAUUUUUGGAAGUCAUUCGAGCUGCACAGGAUGCAGAUGUUUAUCAUGACCUUGUGAAGUAUCUUCUAAUGGUUAGGAAGAAAUCAAAGGAGCCUAGAGUAGACAGUGAGCUUAUUUAUGCAUAUGCCAAAAUUGAUAGGCUGGGAGAAAUUGAAGAAUUUAUUCUUAUGCCUAAUGUGGCCAAUCUGCCAAAUGUUGGUGAUCGCUUGUACGAUGAAGCUUUAUAUGAGGCUGCGAAAAUUAUUUUUGCUUUCAUCUCUAAUUGGGGAAAAUUGGCAAGUACUUUAGUGAAGUUGAAACAAUUCCAAGGUGCUGUUGAUGCUGCACGGAAAGCUAAUAGUGCAAAGACAUGGAAAGAAAUAUGUUUUGCCUGUGUUGAUGCUGAGGAGUUCCGCUUGGCUCAAAUAUGUGGCCUCAACAUCAUAGUACAGGUUGAUGACCUUGAAGAGGUUAGCGAGUAUUAUCAGAACAGAGGAUGCUUUAAUGAGCUCAUAUCACUUAUGGAGAGUGGUCUAGGAUUGGAACGUGCACAUAUGGGCAUCUUUACAGAGCUGGGCGUCCUUUAUGCCAGAUAUCGCCACGAGAAACUUAUGGAGCACAUCAAGUUAUUCUCUACUCGUCUCAAUAUUCCCAAACUGAUUCGAGCAUGUGAUGAACAGCAGCACUGGCUAGAGCUAACAUACUUAUAUGUUCAGUAUGAUGAGUUUGAUAAUGCUGCAACCACUGUGAUGAAUCAUUCCCCAGAAGCUUGGGAUCACAUGCAAUUCAAAGAUAUCAUUGUCAAAGUUGCCAAUGUGGAGCUAUACUACAAAGCUGUGCACUUUUACUUGCAAGAGCACCCUGAUCUCAUCAAUGAUGUUCUCAAUGUGCUUGCUCUUCGCGUCGAUCACACCCGUGUUGUGGACAUAAUGAGAAAGGCUGGCCACCUGCGUCUUAUUAAGCCAUACAUGGUAGCCGUUCAAAGCAAUAAUGUGUCUGCGGUCAAUGAAGCUCUCAACGAGAUCUAUGUUGAAGAGGAGGAUUAUGAGAGGCUACGUGAGUCGAUUGACUUGCAUGAUAACUUUGAUCAGAUUGGCCUUGCUCAAAAGAUCGAGAAACACGAGCUUCUUGAAAUGAGACGAGUUGCUGCAUACAUUUACAAGAAGGCCGGGAGGUGGAAGCAAUCGAUUGCCUUGUCAAAGAAAGAUAACCUUUACAAAGAUGCAAUGGAGACAGCUUCACAAUCUGGUGAUCGUGAACUUGCAGAGGAGUUGCUUGUUUAUUUCAUUGAACAGGGUAAGAAGGAGUGCUUUGCAUCGUGCCUCUUUGUUUGCUAUGAUUUAAUCUGCCCAGAUGUUGCACUGGAACUCGCCUGGGUGAAUAACAUGAUUGAUUUUGCAUUCCCGUACCUUUUACAGUUUAUCCGGGAAUACAGUGGCAAAGUUGAUGAAUUAGUUAAGCACAAGAUUGAGGCUAUGAAAGAAGAGAAGGCUAAAAAAGAAGAAGAGAAAGAUGUCGUCCUGCAACAGAAUAUGUACGCACAGCUACUACCUCUUGCUUUGCCGGCACCUCCUAUGCCGGGCAUGGGAGGUCCAGGAAUGGGAGGGGGAUUUGGUGCCCCUCCCCCACCGAUGGGUGGUAUGGGCAUGCCUCCAAUGCCCCCAUUUGGCAUGCCGCAAAUGGGGUCAUACUGAUACGUUGAUGUUUCAUACCUUAACGUGUCACUUGUUUAGAAAAUGGCACCAUGUUAUCAUAAUCUACAGUGUUUUUUCUCCCUGCACAUUGAUGGUACAGAUUACAGCAGAAGCCAAGGGUUUACUCCGCUGAGACUUGGUCCAAGAAAUUUUUUAGAUUUUUUAUUGUUUUGUCUGUGAUAGUGUGUGGAUAUGUAUAAGUAUAUCUCUUUGUAAUAUUCUUUGUUAGCUGAGGCAAUUUUUUUGCAGCUUUAGGCAAAGCUGAGUGUAAUGUAUAACUUCAUACAAACUGUCCAGGAUUACCACACAUUCUGUUCUGAAUGUUCGAAUUUUCUUUCUUUUGAGGUCAAGAUUUGAAUGUUGUAAAUUUACUAUAUUGUGGCCGGUUGACGUUUCUUUGGAGAAGAAAAUCGUUGCUUUGUGGCGAAAAGGUCUAGAACAUCGAAGCAGUGUAAUGAAUUCAUACAUUUUUUGCUACUUGUUUCUGGGUUCUAUUUGUAUUUAAUUCUUAGCAGCAAUUUGAGCCAUAUGGAAAUGUUGGAAUGUGAAACUUGUAAUCUGUUUUAUUUA